CAGAUAUCAGUGAAGAGCCAUCUGUCCCACAGGUUACGCACGAAGCAACCCUUGUCAUGGUUGAGGAAAAGUUGCCCCAAGUUCCAGGUUCCACAGAGUCGGGUUCAAAUGGCACCGUCAUACCGCCAGAAGCAUCGCCCCAGGCGUCUACAGACGCUGGCAACGUUGAACCGGCGUCGUCAGUCAGAUCGACUGGCAAUGUGGCAGAACCAGUGACUUCGGUUACAACUGACAACGAUGUAACUAAAGAAACGACAUGUACUCUGCCAGGAAGUUACCCCUUUUUGGACGAGGAGCUCGAACAAGCUACGGAAUCUGGGACUUAUUCCGAAACAGCUGCACAAGUAGUUGGUACCAUGCGAGGUGGGACAAGUUCUGCUGUGCAGUAUAUUGCAGCAGGUUUGGGUCUAGGGGCAGCUUCUGAAAAUAGUACUGGUGAAAGCGACGCGACGAAAGAUAAGGUUCCAGUUGAAGAACCCACCUCGUCUACCAAAGAAACUCCAUCAUCCACAUCAGAGCACGAGCCAGAAUCCGCUCCCACAGUGCCGAUGUCUAUAGUUCCAUUAGCUCAGCCUGUUGACAAUGCAGAAACUACG